CAUGGCGGUCAAACUUUUGCAAAAUAUAUAUUUGCUUCUUUAAUAUUGGAGGCAAAUGGCUUCCUCAGUAUUCCAUUUGCCUAAUUAUUAAGUGCCUACUGCAAUGGCCUAUCACAGGCUUUUUUCAUUAUUGAGGUGUUCGAGUCUUCAGAGAUGUUUUAGUUCGAGAAGACAGGAUGAAACUAUCAUGAACGUGUUUGAUCGAAAGGCAAAGAGAAGGCAAAAGAACAGAGCGGCAAUGGCUGAGGAUGUGGCGGUAUAUGAUUACCUCAGAGAUGAGGUUGCUGAAAGGAUGGUCGACAGAAUAGGAGACAUCUCAAGACAUUUUCCUAUGGCUCUGGAUCUUGGUUGUGGGAGAGGACAUAUUUCAAAAUUUCUUACAAAGGAUCAAGUUGGGACCUUAGUUAUGUCUGAUAUGGCAGAAAAUGCAUUGAAUCAGUGCCCACCCUGUGAGAUUCCAUCUGUAAAAGUUGUGGCAGAUGAAGAAUUUCUUCCUUUUCCUACCAACAGUUUCGAUCUUAUUGUCAGUAGUCUGAGCCUUCAUUGGGUCAAUGACUUACCAGGAACAUUUAGCCAGAUCUUUCAUUGCCUUAAAGCUGAUGGAGUCUUUAUUGGAGCCAUGUUUGGUGGUGAAACUCUCUACCAGUUGAGAGCUGCACUGCAGUUGGCUGAAACUGAGAGGGAGGGGGGGUUUGCUGCUCAUAUUUCGCCAUUUGCAGAAGUACGAGAUCUUGGAAAUCUUCUGACAAGAAGUGGAUUCUCUCUGACUACUGUUGACUUUGAUGAAGUAACUAUAGGAUAUCCCAGCAUGCUCGAGCUCAUGCAUGAUCUGAAAGGAAUGGGAGAAAACAAUGCAGCAUGGAACAGGAAGACAUUACUGCACAGAGACACAAUUUUAGCAGCUUCAUCCAUUUACCAAGAUAUGUAUGGUCUGGAAGAUGGCGGAAUACCAGCAACAUUUUUUGUACUUUACAUGAUUGGUUGGAAGCCUCAUGACUCUCAGCAAAAAGCUGCUACACGUGGGUCUGCAACAGCAAGUUUUGGGGACAUAUCAAGUUUGAAUAAACCAAAGGAAUAGACUGAUCCAGUUUAAUACCUCAUCAACUGUUUUUUAUUCACUCUGGUGGUUCAGAACUUCAAGUUUAUUUUGGAAAAAGCUUGUCAUACAACAAAAUUCCUUGAUCCAAGAGGGUUUCUAAACAGAUGUCCUCCACUCUCUGUCAGUGUGGAAAUAACAGGCACAAUUAUACAUGGAUUUUGAUUUGGUUUACCUGUGAUCUAUUGUAGAUGGGUGAUACAGGUGGAGGACAAUAAAAAAAAUGAUGUUGGAACUCAGUAAAGAGUGACCAUGACUGCUUAGUAGAGGUGACGGCUUUGAAGGGUGAAAAUUAGCCAUAAAGGGGAAACAAAUUUUGGACUUUGACAACUGACCCCUUAACCCUUUAAGUCCCACUAGUGACCAAGACAGAAUUUCUCCUUACAAUAUCAAUACAAUGGCAACCAGAUAAGUGAUGAGAAUAAAGAAAAAUAUCAAUUUGGGGGUAAUUAGUUGAUCCAAUACUAAAUUCUCUGAACUAACAUCAUGAGAAUUGUAUGGUUGACAGUAAGGAGAAUUACAACUUUGAUCUGGGAGUUAAAGGUUAAUACAGGGUGACCAAUUAAUACCGUGCUACUUACUACAGGUUUGACUUUAAAUUGCGACAGUUUCAAGGCAAAGAGCAACAGUUUGACUGCACUUUGUGUGUCACUGUUCUGUUCUUAUCACACUUUGGACUAGAAGCAGUCCAUCCAUUUUGUUGAGGUCUACCGUGCAAGUGAAAGAAAUGAGCAAGUAAAAAAAAAGGAUUUUGGUGCACUGCGGAACAAUUAGGGAGUAAGGGCACAUCAUCUGUAACCUAGAACUGUACUGUUGUUACUUACAGUUGUCUCUAUGAAGCAUGUCAAGAUCAUAACUCACAACCAAUAAAAAACACAUGUUUAAUCAAUGGGUAAUAAAAAUAAGCUUUUAUUACUUUCUAAAAAUUAUCAAAAGUGCAGAAUAAAAUAUUAAUCAUACUUGUAAUUUACCACAUAUUGCAGAAUGACUACUAAAGGAAAAAACCUAACACUGAAUUAUUUACACUGUUUCAGUAUCAACC